AAAAAGAGAAAGAAAACCGUGUGCUCUCGUGUGAGCCGGGGUCGUUCAGUGAAAUAAAUCAGGCACAAUAUGGUGGAACCGGUGGGAUUCAUCGAGGCGUGGAAAGCGCAGUUCCCGGAGUCUGAACCCCCAAAGAUGGAGCUGCGCUCUGUCGGAGGCAUCGAGCAGGAGCUGGAGAAGUGCAAAGCGUCCAUCAGACGCCUGGAGCAGGAGGUGAACAAGGAGCGCUUCCGCAUGAUCUACCUGCAGACCCUCCUGGCCAAGGAGAGGAAGAGCUACGACAAGCAGCGGUGGGGCUUCAGGAAGACGCCUCUCAAUGAGGGGGUGGACCCUGCGGCCACACAGGGUGCAGAGUCCCCAUCCCAGCAGCCGCACAUGCAGGAGACCGGUGGGGUCGGAGGAGGAGGCGGGUACUGUGGCAGUGCAGGGGACAGGAGCCGUUUCCAGCCUCUUGGAGAUGCGACCGGCAGGUCCAAACCCAGACCCCCGCCGGCCAGGAAGUCGGCCUCCCACGGCGACGGCCUGGAGUCGGCCUUUGAGAUACCCCAGCAGGCCGAGUCGACUUCCUGCGACAACCUAGACGGCCUCUCGCCGUCCAAGCAGAGAGGCGGCGUUGCGUUGUCGCCUCGCAGGCCCACUCUUCCGCCCCCGGACAAGGAGCUGCCCUCUGACCCCAAGGACAAGCUGGGAAUGGGACUGGGAGUAGCGGCUCUGAGGUCCAACUUCGAGCGGAUCAAACGGGCUAACUCUCACUCUGCGGGUGAUGUAGCGAAGGGCCAGGACAAGCAGCUGCCGCCACCGCCGCCGCCGUUCUACACAAACAUGGAGUUCCACCACGAGAGGGGCUUGGUCAGGGUCAACGACCGUGACGUCUCUGACAAGAUCAGCUCCCUGGGCAGCCAGGCCAUGCAAAUGGAGCGAAAGAGAUCUCUGCACUCUCUCCCGGGUAAUCUGGCCACGGUGGCAGGGGAGCUCCGGGCCAGGCCGGUUUACAGAGGCCGGUCCACUGAGAGCACCUGUGGCUACGACGCAGAAUACGAAGAUGGCGAGCCCAACCAGCGACACUCAGGGAGAGCCAACGGGGGCAAGCCUCCACCCCCGCCUUGGCAGCCCUCGGAGUUCCAGGCUUACUCCAGUGUUUAUGUUGGGGGGGUGAUGAUGGGUGAAGGGGGCAGCGGGGAUGGGAGGGGCGGCGGAGGGAGCGGCGGUGGAGUCACGAUGAGAGACCACGGUGCCGGUGAUGACCACCUCCUCACCUGGCCUCGCCGCUCCUACUCCCCGGGCAGCUUCGAGGAUGUCGGUGGCGGCGGCGGGUACACGCCGGACUGCAGCUCCAAUGAAAACCUGACGUCCAGCGAAGAGGACUUCUCCUCCGGCCAGUCCAGCCACGUCUCCCCGAGCCCCACCACGGCCUUUCGCCGGCCGUUUCGGGAAAAGAGCCGAUCCCCGUCCCAGAACUCCCAGAACUCGCAGCACUCCUUUGACAGCAGCAGUCCUCCAACGCCGCAGUCUCAGAAGCGUCACCACCGGCAGCAGGGAGGCCAUGUGGUCAUGUCUGAGGCCACUAUUGUGAGUGUUCGCAAGACCGGGCAAAUCUGGCCACCUGCCGCCCAUCAUGACCUCAUGCCCCACGGCCGAACGUCCCAUGACAACAGUUUCCAUGGAGACCACCUAGAUGGUCACUACACUGGGACUCCUCCGAGUUACGGUUACGAUGCAGACCGGGCGGAGGAGCAGCGGAGGCACCAUGACAUCCUGCCGUACAUCGAUGACUCACCGUCGUCUUCUCCACACCUGAGCUCAAAGAGCCGAAGCAGCCGGGACACACUUUCCUCUGGAUCCCUGGAAUCCUCCAAAUCGACUGAAUGUGACCUGGAAAAAGGUUUGGAGAUGAGGAAGUGGGUCCUUUCAGGCAUCUUGGCCACCGAGGAAACAUACCUCAGUCACCUGGAGGCACUGCUACUGCCCAUGAAGCCUCUGAAGGCUGCCGCUACAACGUCACAGCCCGUGCUCACUGUGGCUCAGAUAGAAACCAUCUUCUUCAAAGUGCCUGAGCUCUACGAGAUCCACAAGGACUUCUACGACGGACUUUUGCCCCGCGUCCAGCAGUGGAGCCACCACCAGAGAGUCGGAGACCUCUUCCAGAAACUAGCCAGCCAGCUUGGAGUUUAUCGGGCGUUUGUGGACAACUACGAGCUGGCUGUGGAGACGGCGGAGAAGUGCUGCCAGGCCAACACGCAGUUUGCAGAAAUCUCUGAAAACCUGAAGGUGAGGAGCCCAAAGGACUGUAAGGAGACGGCCAAGAACUCUCUUGAGGCUUUACUAUACAAGCCGGUGGACCGAGUGACGCGCAGCACAUUGGUCCUACAUGACCUGCUCAAGCACACCCCUCCCAGCCACCCGGACCACCCGCUCCUGCAGGACGCUCUGCGAAUCUCCCAGAACUUUCUGUCCAGCAUCAACGAGGAGUCGGCUCCCCGGCGGCAGUCUAUGGCCGUCAAAAAGGGAGAGAACCGGCAGCUGCUGAGGGACAGCUUCAUGGUGGAGCUGGUCGAGGGAGCCCGGAAGCUGCGGCACGUCUUUCUCUUCACUGACCUGCUGCUGUGCGCCAAGCUGAAGAAGCAGAUCGGCGGGAAAAGCCAGCAGUAUGACAGUAAGUGGUACAUCCCCCUGACGGAGCUGACCUUCCAAGGGCCCGAGGAGGCCGAGCCUCUCACCAUCCCCCAAGUCCCAGAUGAAGAGCUGGACGCCAUGAAGGUCAAAAUCUCACACCUCCGCAGUGAGAUCCAGAGAGAGAAGAGAGCCAACAAGGGCUCCAAAGUCAUUGACCGUCUCCGGAAGAAGUUGUCUGAACAGGAGUCCCUGCUCCUGUUAACGUCUCCCAGCAUGCCCCUCAGACUCUACAACAAGAACGGCAAGAGUUAUGGUUUUCUGAUUUCGUCUGACUAUGAGCGUGCAGAGUGGAAGGAGAUCAUCAAGGAGCAGCAGAAGAAAUGUUUGAAAACGGCCUCUUUGACGUCCAUGGAGCUGCAAAUGUUGACCAGCUCUUGUGUCAAAUUGCAAACUGUCCACCACAUUCCACUUAGUAUCAAUAAAGAAGAGGAUGAAUCCCCCGGUCUCUACGGGUUCCUGAAUGUAAUCGUCCACUCUGCCUCCGGCCUCAAACAGAGCUUGAAUCUCUACUGCACAAUGGAGGUGGACUCCUUCGGCUUCUUCUCAAAUAAAGCCAAGACGAGAGUGUAUCGAUACACCACCGAACCCAAAUGGAACGAGGAGUUCGAGAUCGAGCUGGAGGGCUCUCAGACCCUGAGGCUGCUCUGCUAUGAGAAGUGCUACAAUAAGACCAAGCAGAACAAAGAGGAUGGAGAGAGCACGGACCGCAUCAUGGGGAAAGGACAGAUCCCGCUUGACCCUCAGAGUCUCCAAGGAAAAGACUGGCAGAGAACAGUUAUUCCCAUGAAUGGGAUCGAGGUCAAACUCUCCAUGAAGUUCACCAGCAGAGAGUUCAGCCUGAAGAGGAUGCCCUCGCGGAAACCCAUGGGAGUGUUUGGAGUCAAGAUCUCCACAGUCACAAAACGAGAGCGCUCCAAGGUGCCCUACAUCGUCCGGCAGUGCCUGGAGGAGAUUGAAAGGAGGGGCAUGGAGGAGGUGGGCAUCUACCGAGUAUCAGGAGUGGCCACUGACAUCCAGGCCCUGAAGACGGCCUUCGACACAAACAACAAAGACGUGUCGGUGAUGAUGAGUGAGAUGGACGUCAACGCCAUCGCCGGGACCUUGAAGUUGUACUUCAGAGAGCUGCCGGAGCCGCUGUUCACUGACGAGCUCUACCCGAACUUUGCAGGAGGCAUCACUCUUUCUGACAGCGUUGCCAAAGAGAGCUGCAUGCUGAACCUGCUGCUGUCGCUGCCUGAACCCAACCUGGUCACAUUCCUGUUCCUGUUGGAUCACUUAAAGAGGGUGGCAGAGAAGGAAUGCAUCAACAAGAUGUCUCUGCAUAAUCUGGCAACAGUGUUCGGCCCGACUUUGCUCAGGCCCGCUGAAAAGGACAGCAAGAUCCCUGCGAACCCCACGCAGCCCAUCAGCAUGGGGGACAGCUGGUCCCUGGAAGUCAUGGCCCAGGUCCAGGUGUUGCUUUAUUUCCUGCAGCUGGAGACGAUCCCCACCCCGGAUAGUAAACGACAGAGCAUCCUUUUCUCCACUGAAGUAUAAAGUUAACACGGACUCUCUCUCUCUCUCGCUCUCUCUGCCCGAGGCUUUGACCGUGAAGGUGUGGA